AUGCGGGCCCUCGCGCGCACCGCGUCGUUGCUCCGCCGCGCCGCGGGAUCCGCGCCCACUACGGCAGCGCUGCACCACCACCACCCGCCGCCGGACGUAGGCUCCUGCCUCGCGAAGAAUCUGCCAGGUUUCUUUUUCAAUGGGUAUUCUACUCUUUUGGCUCCACCAAGUGAAGUGCUGAUUCCACCAGAACUUCUUUCUAGCAGGACUGUGUGGACACCAGAUCGGGAGCUUGGGCAGUAUGAAGACCUGGUAGCUAGGGUUACAAACUUCCAUAAUGAGGACAAGGGCUUCAUGGUUUUGGAUGGUGAUGUUUUUGAUGUUCCAAUUAGGAAGGAUAUUGUUCACCGGGUAGUAAGGUGGCAGCUUGCUAAAAGACAGCAGGGGACACACUCAACUAAAACUAUCAGUGAAGUGAGUGGCACUGGAAGAAAGCCUUACAAGCAAAAAGGAACUGGAAGAGCACGGCAUGGCACACUGCGUGGUCCCCAGUUCCGCGGUGGUGCAACCAUGCAUGGGCCUAAACCACGAAGCCAUGCAAUCAAGCUGCAGAAGAAAGUACGGCGGCUGGGGCUUAAGAUUGCCUUGUCUGCUCGAACUGCAGAGGGGAAGCUCUUGGUCUUUGAGGACUUGGAAGUCCCUAGCCACAAGACAAAAAACAUUGUGCAAUACAUUAGACAGAUGGAUGAUACAAAGAAGGUUCUGUUGGUGGAUGGAGGCGACAUUGAUAAGAAGCUAAAGCUGGCUACUCAAAACCUUCACUACGUUAAUGUACUUCCUUCCAUAGGCCUCAAUGUUUACAGUAUCCUCCAGCAUGACACCCUUGUAAUGACUCGGGCCGCUAUCAACAGAAUCGUUGAGCGGAUGCAUACCCCCAUCAACCGCUAG